AUGUCGGUUCUUCCUCUGCGGGUGAAAAUGUUGCGGCAGGUCUGGAGGCUGAAGGGCAUCGUCAUCCUCGUCUGCAGCCCCUUCAUCCUGCUGCCCCUUGCCGUCAGCACCACGGAGGCGGCCUGUGCUUAUGUUAUCGCGCUCAUGGCGGUCUACUGGUGCACUGAGGUGUUGCCUCUUGCGGUGACGGCUCUGCUACCAACAAUCCUGUUCCCAGUCCUGGGCAUCAUGGAGUCCAAAGAUGUGUGCAUGCAAUACCUGAAGGACACCAACAUGCUGUUUGUUGGGGGGCUGAUGGUUGCAGUGGCCGUUGAGCACUGGAACCUCCACAAACGCAUCGCACUUAGGGUUCUGCUGCUGGUCGGGGUCCGACCCGCUCUGUUAAUGUUGGGCUUCAUGACAGUGACGGCCUUCCUCUCCAUGUGGAUCAGUAACACAGCCACCACAGCCAUGAUGGUCCCCAUUGUCCAGGCCGUACUGGACCAGCUCCACAACAAUAUAGACCCUGAAAACCCCACCAAAAGACAGAGUAGGAAUGUCCUUCUACACCAGGAGCAUCCAGAGAAAAUCUCCAGUGUUCUGCAGACUCCUGUCCCCACUGUCCCUGAGGACACCAUGACAGAUCUCAACACCAAUUCAGAGAAAACCGCCAACCUACAGAGCAGGGUACCCUCUGAGCAGAUGGACAGAGAGGACAAUGUCAAACCAACACCACAGGACAAACCUCUAUCAGACAGCAAACCAGUGGUUGUUUCUGUGGAAAAUGCCUUCUGUCCGAUGGAGCUGGAGGAGCUGAGUGAUGAAGAGGAAGAGAGGGUUAGGAUGAGUAAAGGCCUUCUGCUCUGUGUUUGUUACUCUGCCAGCAUCGGAGGUAUCGCUACCCUGACAGGAACCGGACCGAACCUGGUUUUGGUUGGACAGAUGAGCCAACUCUUCCCUCAGAAUGGAGAUGUGGUCAACUUUGCGUCCUGGUUUGCGUUUGCUUUCCCCAUCAUGGUGCUGACACUGAUUCUUGCCUGGUUCUGGCUGCAGUUUCUUUACAUCGGCUGCAACCUGCGGAGAACAUGGGGCUGCGGAACGGUGCAGUCGGAGAAGGAGCGAGCAGCGUACAGCGUGAUCCGAGAGGAGCACCAGCGCCUGGGGCCGAUGAGUUACGGCGAGUUUAGCGUCCUCGCACUGUUCAUCCUCAUGGUGGUGCUGUGGUUCACACGAGACCCUCGCUUCAUGGACGGCUGGGCCACCCACAUCUUCAACUCCAAGUCUGAGUUCGUCACUGAUGCGACGGUCGCUCUGUUUGUUGCUGUGUUGUUGUUUGUUCUUCCAUCUGAACCACCGCGAUACCUGUGCUGCUGGAGGAGCUCGGACACAGAGUCUCGGACAUCCCAAGGCCCCGCCCCUCCUCUGCUCACCUGGCAGGUGACUCAGAAGAAGAUGCCCUGGAACAUCGUCCUGCUGCUGGGAGGAGGCUUCGCCCUGGCCAAAGGCAGCGAGGAGUCCGGUCUGUCCCGUUGGCUUGGCGAUCAGAUGACCCCUCUUCACUCCAUUCCUCCUUGGGCCAUCGCCGUCAUCCUCUGCCUCCUCAUCGCCACCUUCACAGAGUGUGCCAGCAACGUCGCCACGGCAACACUCUUCCUGCCCAUCCUGGCUUCCAUGUCCCAGUCUAUUAACCUGAACCCCCUGUACGUGAUGAUCCCCUGCACCCUCAGCGCCUCCUUCGCCUUUAUGCUGCCAGUGGCCACGCCCCCCAACGCCAUCGUGUUUUCUUCAGGUUACCUCAAAGUUUCAGACAUGGCUAAAACUGGUGUGGUGAUGAAUGUCAUCGGCAUCGCCUGCAUCACCCUGGCCAUCAACAGCUGGGGUCGCAUCUUGUUUUCUCUGGACUCCUUCCCUUCAUGGGCCAACAUGACUGCACCCACCUAA